AUGAUUUACCAAGUCGUAGUGGUUCUUGUGGUGCUAGCCACCGUGCAGGCUCAUCCUGGGAAUCAAGGGCCUGCUUAUGCCUCUGGUCCAGUCCCAUACGGUUUCAACUACGCAGUAAACGACGCUUACAAGGGAACCAAUUUCGGCCGGACGGAGAAGUCCGACGGGAACAGCGUGUGGGGAUCCUACACCGUCGCCCUCCCCGACGGUCGUAAACAAACUGUCGACUACACAGCUGACCAUGGCAGGGGAUUCGUGGCCAAGGUCAGCUACUCCGGCAAGGCUCAGCACCCCAAAGUUUCCGGUCCUGCCGUCGUCUUCCCUCAGAACGGAGGCGGAUACCAUUAG